AUGGCAGACCAAGUGCAAGAAAUCCUCGACGUGCCGCGCGAGUUCUUGAAAGAUGGCAUGCAGUUCAUCAACAGAAGCCAGAAGCCUGACCGAAAGGAGUUUAUCAAGAUCUCCCAGGCCGUUGGUGUAGGUUUCCUCAUCAUGGGUGCCGUCGGCUUCUUCGUAAAGCUCAUCCACAUUCCCUUGAACAAUGUCCUAGUCGGUGGCGCAUAA